AUGGAAGACGAUUUAUAUACGUCAAGCCAAGUGGAAGACCUAGAUGAUAACGAACCAUUGACUGACGAUAUAAAGAUCCCAUUUCUCUACAAGAAGAACCCGGGUAGCUGGUAUUUUUAUAAACUUUAACACAAUAUCGGCAAAUUCAUUAGAUACAUAAUGUGUUUAAUGAUUGAAUGGGUUUCUGUGCCUCGUUUGGGUAACUAUAACCAGUUACACAAUCCCACUGGACUAGAUUGUCCCCUGUGUCGUCAUUCCAAUGUAGUGCUUUGGAGUUAACUUAGUACUUUUCGGAAACAGUUUACGUGCAUACUUUCUCGUUUGUCAUACAUUACCAACAAUCUAGAACAUACUGUACAACCUCUAACGGUCGGUGUCAUUUUGGGUAGUGAUGACAACGACCAGAUAUAUAACUACCUGAACACUGCAAACAGAACUUUGACGUUUUAGCAAAGGUCCUUCGUUGGGAAGUUAGUGGCCUGGUUUGCAUUAACAUAUGAUACCAAACAUAUUCUUCUAAUGUUUCAAAAAUGCAAUUUAAUGGCACAGAAAAAUUCAUUUUCACUUAGAAUAUUAAAUCCUUGUACACUGAUAUUCCGCAUCACGAUGGUUUGAGGGGCCCUAACAAGAUGUUCACCCUCAGUAACUAGUCUUAACCAUGGUAUUUUUUGUUUGUAGAAAGUUUGAACUUCGGUCAAGAUACUGAUCUCAUACCUGAUUGCCUUGGUAAGUACGUAGAUGACUGCCUUAGCACAGCUUUAGUUCUCGCGUCUCAUUCAGCGCUCCACUGCUUAUAUGAGAUCAGCGAGACGAGUCUAUUAUUUUUUAGAUUCACACUAUCAUGUUUAUAGAUAGCCGAAUCUUGCAAUUUAUUGCAGUAGUUACUUCCGUGUUCAACAAGCCCACUGACCCUACAGCUAGCUUCUAUUUUCUUCAUCCCAUCCGAACCACACCAAAAAGUCGAUCACUUUCCUUUGUUUUUGUUGCAUUUGCAGUUAAUACGAGAGUUUCUAAGCCUGAAACACCAUGCAUGCAUUUUUGAAGGCCCUCCAAAUUUCCCAAUCUACAACUCCUAGAGACUCUUCGUGUCUAAUCUCGUCGGUAACAGCAAAAUUUCCCUGGUCUGAACUUAUUAUCCAAAGUAAGAAUAACGAAUUACCAUAUUGAGAAAAGAUCCUGAAACAUUUUACAUUUUUUCCUAUAUCCUCGUACUAUUCGAUGCAGAAGAAAUAUCCGUGAAACCCUAGUCAUAGCUCCCUACCACAGGAUUCGUAGUCACAUAAUGGCACGAUUCCUUAUAAUAUGGUGUGAGUCAAUGUAAAACGUGUGACUAUUCAAUUUCGACAACUAUUUCGGCAAUAAUAACCCACAAAAUGUGCCUCGAUUUAAAAUUGGCAUGGUCCACCUUUUUGUUUAGCUUUAUCUGUCUUUGCUUGACACAAGCAAUCAUCUUCUAAUUCUCACCUUAUUCCAUGCUAUUAUAAUUCAUAUUUAAUUGUUGUAAUUAUCACCUAACUUGAAUGUUAAUAUUACCCUGCGAGCAAAGUCCUCGCGUAUUUCUUCUCGGCACAGCAUGGAGAAGCGAGAGAAACUCUGCAGAACUUGUGUAUAUUCUUUGUGGAGCCGACAAUCCAAAAACUUGGAUAAUUAUGUGUAAUUUCAGGUUUGAUACUGGUUUUAUAACCGGUUUUGAUCUGAACCGGAAACUACUUAUUCAAUCUUCUUCUGGGAAAUGAGCAGUUGCUUAGCAACCUUCGCGCAUGCUCAAAUGAAUUUAUACACAAGUUCUGCAGAGUCUCUCUCUCGCUUCUCCGUGCCGUGCCGAGAAGAAAUACAAGAGGACUUUGCUCGCAGGGUAUAUUAAUAUAUUCUGGGGUAUGAUUUCCAUUUUUUGUUCAGAUUUCCUUUUUCAGAAUAAAUCUAUCUGUUCGUUGGUUUAUUUUUGUCACAUGUAUAUUUUCCCAAUCAACGCUGCUAACCUCCCGACAAAGGUUCCUUCGCUCGAGACGUCGAAAUUCUAUUUGUAUUUUUCAGGUAUAGUUGUAUCCAGCAUACAGCUGUUGCUACAGCAUAUGUCAACCUUUAUUUCCGUUUUUUUAUUUCAGAUGCAGCGCAAGACGUUGAAGAAAAGCUCAAUCUGUGGGAGCUGUCUGACGAGGAACGUGUGGAUUUUAUUUGCACUUUACAGUACAAAAUUGUUCGUGAAUUUAGCAAGGCCGUAACUUUGUACGAAGAAGUGAGUAUUAUCGACUAUUCAACUAGAGUAAUUCUCUAAAACGUGGCAAAAAUGCAUACGUACAUAAUUAUAUACAUAUAGUAAAAGAAAUGAAAUACGAAUCGAAAUUCAUUAAGCGAAACAAAAAAUAGAGUGAAAUAAACAUGAGGCCCUUAAAAACGAGACAAAUCAAAUACUAUUGAUGCGCUACUACAUAAAUUUUAGACUUUCAAUUUACUUUAGUAAGAUUAACCAUUACUUAAAAAACAUAAAGUUAUUUAAAGCAAAUUGUUACCACAUUUUUUCAUUACUUAAAAUUAUUGUUAAUAUUUCAUGAAGAAAAUUCAAAGUUACAGUUACAGUUGUCAGUUUCCGUAUUCUGCGAUUGGCUGUUCCUAAUUAUAUGUGCGUUGUGUUUGGUGAUUAUAGACUUAACGUUGUUCAUGCAACUAUAUAGCUUACUUUUAAAGUGUUUCUGUUGAAAAUCUUGUGUAGUUUGUGCUGUAGUGGGAAGUGUUUGUCAAUUAAACUUAAGAAUCCCCGUCCUAUGUUCGUGUUAACACUUUCGCUAAAUGGUGGGUUGAACCAAAUUAUGUUGCGUUGCCUAUUCCUAUGUGUCCGUUGCGAUGCUUCCUGAGUGUACGUAAAUUCUUGGUCAAAGUUAUUAUGUCUAAGAGCGUUCUGGUAACUAGGGCGUAAAAAAUACCUGUGGUUCCGGUUUCAUAUCGUGAAAAAAUUAGGGUCGGUAGGUCGGAAAUAAUUUUUUUUUUUAAUAUUUUUUUCAUGGUUUUGCCGGUUUUUUUGCUGGGCGAUUUGCAUUAGAGUCUCGACAUCAAUAUUAACUAGAGAUGCGUAUUUCCUAUGGACGAAUUGAGGCAAUUUGGUUCAAUAUUUAUUGUGACAACAGACGCCAUUUUGGCACGCUGUAUGAGCAGCCCGCAACCACCUGGAGAAAAUAGAGUCGCAAGGUCAAUCGCGUUGAAAAAAUAAUUGGGUCGGCAGAAAAAAAUAGGGUCGGUCGGGAACCGGAACCACAGGUAUUUAAUUGUCUUGUAAUGCUUGGUGGAUGGUUUAAAUGUCUGUUGAUGAACAAUGGUUCGUCAUUCAGUUUCCGGGGGCUGCUUAUAUGUGUUUUUGCCGAAACGUGCGAGUGGUGGGGUAACAAAGCAUUCAUUCAAUCUAUUGUUUGCGUUGUUUACGCAGAAAUUCCUAAUCGAAAUGUGGGAAUAUGUGGAUUACUAAGUAUUGUUUUCGUUGUUUACGCGAAAUUUCUUCCUAUGUCUGCACGUAGAUAUAAUAUUAAUUUCCAUUUUUUUAUUGAGUAAACAGUUUUUGUUUUCUUCUUUCAAAAUACAAAAUUUUUUCCUCUAAACAUAAAUUGAAUCGUUUUGAUCCUCCCGUAUACGAAAUAGCGCGUUUCAAAAUUUGCCAAUUGAUAUUAAAAUAACAAAAACGAUAACAAAAAAGAUUUUUAAUUACAAUUGGGAAAUUUUGAAACCCGCUAUUUCGUACACGGGAGGAUCAAAACGAUGUAAUUUAUGUUGAGAGGAAAAAUUUUGUAUUUUGAAAGAAGAAAACAAGAACUGUUUACUCAAUAAAAGAAUGGAAAUUAUAUUUACGUGCAGACAUGCAUAUAGGAAGAAAUUUCGCGUAAACAACGCAAACAAUACUUAGUAAUCCACAUACUCCCACAUUUCAAUUAGGAAUUUCCGCGUAAACAAGGCAAACAAUACAUUGAAUGCAUGCUUAGCUUUGUUAACCCUGUAUAAGCCUGUAUAAGCUAUUCAAUAUAGUCGUAGUAAUCCCACAGAAUAUACUGUGCGUGAAAUUUUGAGACACCCAGUAUUUUUGGCCAUGUUAAUUGAUUAUUCCCAUUAAUCUCUGUUCUAGAAUGGAAAGUACCGUCAGGAUAUCUUGGAUGAUCGCACUGUUAAUGUAUUGAAGAACUAUGAUGUCAUUGGUAUGACCGUUACCGGGGCUGCAACUCGCUUACACUUGUUGG